CAACCAAACCAACAAACAACAGAGAAAAGAAGAGAGAGAGAGAGACAGAGAGAGAGAGAGAGAGCAACAAUGGGAAUAGUGGAAGAAGCUCACAACGUGCGGGUCGUAGGGUCGGGUCAGCAAGUCCUAGUCCUGGGCCACGGCUUCGGCACCGAUCAGUCGGUCUGGAAACACCUCGUCCCCCACCUCGUCGACGACUACCGCGUCAUUUUGUACGACAACAUGGGCGCCGGAACCACUAACCCCGAAUACUUCGACUUCGAGCGCUACUCCACCCUCGAAGGCUACGCCUACGACCUCCUCGCCAUUCUCGAGGUGCUCCACGUCCAGUCAUGCAUUUUCGUCGACCACUCCAUGUCCGCCAUGAUCGGCGCCAUCGCCGCUGUCACCCGUCCCGACCUCUUCACCAAGCUCAUCAUGAUCGCCGCCUCUCCCAGGUUUCUCAACGACGUGGACUACUACGGAGGAUUCGAGCAAGAAGAUGUGGAGCAACUAUUCGAGGCGAUCCAGUCCAACUACAAGGCAUGGUGCUCCGGGUUCGCAUCGCUGGUGGUGGGCAGGGACAUGGACUCAGUGGCGAUCCAGGAGUUUAGCCGGACCCUAUUCAACAUGCGACCGGACAUUUCCCUCAGCGUGGCACAAACCAUAUUCCAAAGCGACAUUAGACAAAUACUUAGGUUAAUCACGGUGCCAUGUCACAUUUUACAGAGUGUAAAAGACCUUGCUGUCCCCAUGGUUGUGACCGAGUAUUUGCACCAGAAUCUCGGUGGCAAGUCGAUCGUUGAGGUCAUGUCUUCAGACGGUUAUCUCCCACAGUUGAGCUCGCCUGAUAUCGUGAAUCUGGUGCUGCUCAAGCACAUCAGAUAUGAUAUCAUGGCAUAAUUGUAUUAAUUUUGUUUCGAAGUGUUAAUUAUAGUAAUUAAAGUUAACUAAUAUGUAGGUGGGUAAUUAAUUAAGGUUUAGGUCUUCGGUGGAGUGCAACUUGGUGUUUUGGUUUGAUAACGUAAUAUUAUGUUGAGCAGAAUAAACAAGCUUUAUUAUUGAUUAAAUAUAGUACAGUUUCAAUGAA